AGCUGGAAGCCACAAACUCUACAACUCUGGGACUAAACCAGUGUGGGAAGUACUGGGAACUUUAUUUUAGCAUGGAUUUGAAAGGGUACCCUCACUUCUGAAUCAUCUGAAAAACAACCAAAGUCCAUACUGGGACUGAAAAUGAACUGAACAUGGUCAAUUCAAGCAAUACUUCAGAAAAUAACUGUAAUAGCAAUAAAAUCAUUACACAACAAAUUAUUCCAUUGAUCUACGGUUUCAUCUUUAUAGGUGGAAUACUGUUAAAUGCAGUGGCAGCUUGGAUCUUUCUUCACAUUCCUAGCAAAACAAGUUUUAUUGUUUAUCUCAAGAACAUGGUCACAGCCGACCUUAUUAUGAGCUUAACUUAUCCUUUUAAAAUUUUUUCGGACUCCCAAGUUGGACAUUGGCAGCUCAAUGUUGUUGUCUGCCGCUUUUCUACUGUCAUCUUUUACCUAAAUAUGUAUAUUAGUAUAACAUUAUUUGGACUCAUAGGCUUUGACAGAUGCUUUAAAGUAAUGAAGCCUCAAUUCAGCACUUCGGCUUAUAAUGUCCAGUGUAGCAAAAUUAUAUGCCUGAUCAUAUGGCUGCUACAGAUUGUUAUCACUUUUCCCAAUAUUAUUUUAACAAAUCAAACUCCUACGGAAAACAAUUCAAAGGACUGUAUGAAGCUCAAAAGCCGUCUUGGAGUCCAGUGGCACACAGCUUCAAGCUACACAUGCCUAGGAAUUUUCUGGAUUGUGUUUUUGCUCCUAAUAGUCUUUUACAGUUCCAUUGCAAAGAAAAUAUAUAUUUCACACCAAAAAUUUAAGAAAAACUCCAAGCUGGCAAAGAAAAAGACUAAUAGAAACAUUUUCACCAUCAUGUUUGUGUUCAUCAUUUGUUUUGUUCCAUACCACCUGGUCAGAGCCCCAUAUACAUUAAAACAAAUCAAACCUGAUUACAACUGUGAGAUUAAAAAUAUACUGUUUCACCUAAAAGAACUGACAUUGCUACUGUCGGCUGUAAAUGUUUGUCUUGAUCCUGUUAUUUAUGUAUUCCUUUGUCAACCAUUUAAGGAAAAACUGUACCAAAAAUUGCACCUCAAGGUUAAAACAUCUGAAGAGUUUGAAAAUUCUAAAUCAAGAAAGUCAAAUGCUAUUGUGGAAGCAGUUACUAUUUUAUAAAUUUCAACAGUUUAUGACCAAUAAAGAAUAUUUGUCCUACUGAAUCAUUGCUGUAAUAGCUAUCCAGAAACCCCCUCCUUACAUGAUGAAUUGA